CCAAUCGAAGUGAUUUUCACGUGAAAAAAAUGUGUAAUUUCAACAAUUCACCUAAUUCCAACACCCAAUAAAUUCCCGAAAACAUACGGAAGAGCUCUCAGCUCACUACCUCUCCGGCUCCCACCACCAAUGGACCACCUCUUAUCUUUCCGGAUGAUACCGACGUCUCCAAUCCUCUGCCGCCGAGUGAGCACCUCCACCGCGGCCCCAACCACCACCACGCACUUUCUCCUCCCUCACACUCGACAGCCUACCUUUCGCCUCCGCAUUCUCUUCCCACCACGACAUGCUUACUGUCCUCACAGAUAUUCGGUCACCGCGGCAGCUGUCGGAGGGAUUGGAGUUGCGGCUCAGGACGCCGCAGCUGCCGCGACUGUCCUGGCCGGGGCCUACGGUCUCGUCUUCACAUUUGACACUCUCACUCAACGGAAUCUAAUUCAACAGAAUUUGAGCCGAAAGCUGGUCCAUAUACUGUCAGGGUUGAUUUUCGCACUUUCUUGGCCAAUUUUCAGCACCUCAACAGCGGCUCGCUACUUUGCGUCGUUGGUUCCUAUGGUGAAUUGCUUAAGGCUGCUCAUUAAUGGCCUCUCAUUGGGUACAGUGGAUGAAGGACUCAUAAAAUCUGUUACACGAGAAGGGAAACCGGAGGAGCUUCUCAGAGGUCCUUUAUAUUAUGUUGUUGUAUUGAUAGUAUGUGCACUCGUCUUCUGGCGUGAAUCUCCAUGUGGAUUGAUCUCAUUAGCCAUGAUGUGUGGUGGGGAUGGCGUUGCUGAUAUCAUUGGAAGAAGAUUUGGGAGCAUGAAAAUCCCUUAUAAUCAACAUAAGAGCUGGGCUGGUAGCAUCUCUAUGUUCACUUGUGGGUUCUUGAUCUCCAUUGGGAUGCUGUAUUACUACUCGGUUCUUGGUUAUUUCCAGUUGGAUUGGCACUCGACCAUACAAAGGGUUGCUUUGGUCGCAUUAGUGGCAACAAUGGUGGAAUCCCUCCCAAUUACCAGGGUAAUAGAUGACAAUUUAUCCGUUCCUUUAGUAAGCAUGAUCAUAGCAUAUCUGAGUUUCGGUCAUUAGCUAGGCUAUGUAAUACCUUCUUUUCAUUAUUUUUCUUUAUGGCCUAGGUAAGUUUUCAAGUUUUAGGUUGAUUAUUAGAGUUCAACCUGCGUGCUCUCUGAAUUUUAAGCCACUGGGUUCAUCAUUGUACAAUGAUUCAGAAUUACUGAUUGCUGUUAUGCUUCAAACCUCCUUUUCUUCCCAAAUUUUCUGGUUACGUAUAUGAAAUGCCUUGGUGUUUUAAGCUCA